AGAUGUGUCCUGUGUGGUGAUGACAAGGCUGGCCAUGGCUUUGUGAAACAUGUUCAGGCAGCUUCUCCCCUCGACAGCCCGGCUGCAGACAAAUGUAGAGUAGUCGGUAGUGUCUCUGCCUCUCCCCCCCCCCACUAACACAUCAUUGAAGCAUGUGAUUACUGAAAGGUAGGGGGUGGGGGGAGAGAAACAACUAUCGAGUCUCCCUCAACAUCAGGACGCAGAUGCAGCCUUGUUGGAAAAUGAAACUGCAGAAUGAGAAGCCUCUGGGCCAUUCUGCCAGUCGCUCGAGCAACAUCUCAAAGGUUGGCAGCCCGACCUCAGUGACGACUCCUCGCAGCUUCUCCCAGACCUCGGUCAGUCCCUCGGAUCAGGACAUCUGCAGUUCAGAUGCAAUUCCUUGCGGGCGUGUGGCACACAGUCCAGUGCAGACUGCAGUUGUCCUUCUGAAUAGCCCCAAAAGCAGCUCCUCGCUGACUCACGGGGCCACCACCAUAUGUCAAGACACGACACCAAGACCAAGGAAGCGGAGCUCAUUUGGAGAGGAAUUGGCGCAAAUCCUUUGGCCUGGGAGGCACACCACAGACAAUGGAGAGGUGAAACACUCCAAGUCCCUCAACGACGUGCAUGUGAAGCCUGACCGGUCAGGGAGCGGCCUGAGUUUUGUUGACAGGACGUGCUCUGAUGGAAAGUUAACGCCGCUCCUAGGGAAGAGCUCCAGAACAAGGAAACUGCAGCCCAGUAAAAAGCGAGAGCAUUAUUACAAGCCGAGGAGAUAUAGCCUAAGUUCGCAGAUGCUGCCCUUUUCCUCUGGUCCCUCAAACAGCCCUGGGACUAGAGAUGGUCUCUGUGUUGUUGAGGUCGCGGUGAGUGAAGGUGAGCAAAGCAGUAGGAUGUCAUACCUGUAUCGCUUGUUCUUCCCUUCAUCGCAUGCCUCAAGUGUUUGCACUCUAAAGACCCUUCAUGAACCAGAGGAGAGCGGUGCUCGAUUGCCUGUCACAAAAUUAUCUAGCGAUUCCUUCUGUUCCGAGGACAUUGGGGAUGAUGAUGUCUUCGAAGAAGAUUCUGCAACCAAAGCUCUUCACUUGGAAGUAAAUGAUGAAAACCAACGUGCUCCCCUUUGCUCAUUUGAAGGAGACAGUGAUCUUGAACAGCCUUCUUUAACGUCUUUAAAAUGGUGCCCCUCGUCCCCUCUAUCACCAUCCUGGGAAGUGUGCAGAAUAUGUCACUGUGAAGGAGAUGAUGAAGGCCCCCUCAUUACGCCCUGUCACUGCACUGGGAGCCUCCGAUAUGUACACCAAACCUGCCUACAGCAGUGGAUCAAGAGUUCAGAUACCCGCUGUUGUGAGCUCUGCAAAUAUGAGUUCAUCAUGGAAACCAAAUUAAAACCACUGAGGAAAUGGGAGAAGUUGCAGAUGACAUCGAGCGAGAGGAGAAAGAUACUGUGCUCGGUGACAUUCCAUAUCAUUGCAAUUACGUGUGUGGUGUGGUCACUAUACGUCCUGAUUGAUAGGACAGCUGAGGAGAUUAAACAAGGCCAGACCAGCGGUAUUUUGGAGUGGCCGUUUUGGACUAAGCUGGUGGUUGUGGCCAUCGGGUUCACUGGGGGACUUGUGUUCAUGUACGUGCAGUGCAAAGUGUACGUGCAACUGUGGAAGAGACUGAAGGCGUACAACAGGGUCAUUUACGUACAGAACUGCCCAGAGACCAGCAGGAAAUGCGUAGCGGAGAAGCCACCACUGACCGAGCAGAAUUUGGAAAACAAGGAGGCCCCUGCAGUUCAGCGGCUGGGGAUUAGCUCUCUGCAUUGCACCGAGUCUGAGGAUCGUGGUGUGGGGAUACUGAAUGUCUAGAGUUUACACUACACGGACUCUCCUACAAGGGGGCAAUUUUAACCAAACCUGCCCAUUAGGAAACUGCUGAGAUCACGCGCAACACUGGUUUUACACCUGGGCCCGAUUUUUAACCUCCAUUGGAAGUGUAGAAGAAUAUUGGGCAGAGUGCACAGUUCCAAUCUGUACUUGGGGGCGUCUCUCCUGACAUAUUAGGUUAAAAUUGUCCCCCACUCUCUCUCUCUCUCUCUCUCUCUCUCUCUUUGUCUCUGUCUCUCUUUCUCUCUUUUUUCUAUGUGACCCCCGUAAAGUCUUGUUACUGCCAGAGGCACAGGGCGAGACGGGCUUCUGAUAUUUGUAAACACGUUCUUUAGAUUGAGACUUCAAGAGAGCAUGAACUACUGAGGUGGUUGCUUGAUAGCAGCACUGCAAAUCUCAGACAAAGACUCCAUUUUGCCAGUGACUUCGCAAAACCCCCCCACCCCCACAACACCAGAAAUACCAAGUUUAGUAGCAAAUCAGCACUUUGAACAGGGUUUUUGUUUUGUUUCGAAGCUAUGUGUUCUGUGACAGUAAAAUAUGUUUUAAAUGUAAAUCUGAUUAUACGAAAAUUGCCGUCCCACUAUUUUUAUUUCACACUUGAAGAAAUUUUAACAAAAGUUUUUGAAGAAAGCUGCAAUAUCUUCGGACCAGGGACAAUUAAACCACAAGUCAGUCAGGAUUUAUUAUUUUCAGUUAUUCUUUCAGAGGGUCCUUGACAAAGAUUUUACCAAGAUAGUCUCACUGGCUAUAUCUCGAAGUGCAAUUAUUCCCUGUUUUUUGUUAAAUUGUUUUCUUUUCCCCCUAACUUUCUGAUGUUUCUGUUUUUAGAAACUAGCUUUUUUUUUCUUUCCUUUGUUUUUUGGAUAAUUAUUUAUUGGAAAAAUAAAUGUAUAAAAUGAUGCACUUGGAAAGUCUGGGACCAGAGCCUUUCCUUUUAUAUGCAGGUUUGUUAUUUAGUUAUUGUUUAAGCAGCAGAGAAAGGGAAACAAUUACUACUUCUAUAAGUUAUUAAUAUAAAUUUUAAGAUAUCAUUUAUUUCUAUUUGUUUACAAACGUAGGAGCUUUUUUGACCUAAAGUUUCUAAAUUUGUAUUCCUGCUCACUACCAAUCUUUGAAAUAGAGGGCACAGUAUGGCCACUUACCACUGACCUUUGAACUCGAGGCACAGUACCUGUUGGGCAGGUCGUGCAUCCAAAAUGGCCAGGUUAUCGCCAGGCCCACUUUGCUCUGGUGACGAAAGCCAAACUCCAUUUUGUUGCCGGGGUUCCUGGAAUUAUGACCGGGUGUGGUUUAUUAUUAUUUUUUUAAACCAGGGAUUGGGUUUUGCCUUGACGACCCGUAAAUUAGCGGCCUUGUGGAUUAGCGAACCCCUUUUCUCACCACCACAAAAAAAUUUACUUUUUAGAAGAAAACGAUACGUUUUUAACAGCGCAAAAAAACAACCCGCUCUUGUUACAAUGGAAAAAAUACUCAUCAAGAAAAAAUAUUCUUAACAUUUUGUUUCGUUUUUGUUUUUAAGUAUACUGUGACUAUUGUCCAGAGACCAAACGACAAUCUUGUCUUUUUGGGAACACCACGAAUGGCGUUAGCCUGCACUUGGCAUUCUGUGUUAAUUUUUUUUUUCAAAAAAGAUAAAUUUGAGACUCCUUGUGAGCGGAUACACCCCGGCUGUUCAAGGAGUGGUCAGUGCCAUAUAGGGAUCAGAGACUCCCCCUAGUUAAUUAGUUGGGUAAAAGGAAUUUCUUGGUACAGUCACUCAUACUGUAUUUAAAAUGUAUAGUUUUGUAUUUCAUUGUGUUUUUUUUCACAGUACAGUAUUAAAUGUAUAGCCUACUACAUUGUUGCAUAGUUUCCCAAUAAACUUUGACUUUGUACGUGA